UAAACGAGACUAAUAAAUACACUAAGAAUUAAAAUUGUGGUAAAUCACUGUAUUUGUCCAUUCAACGACAAGCAGCCGUGAGGACACGGGAAGUAAAGAGAGAGAGACUCGUGAUGAACAUCAGAAGAAGAAGAUCAAUGUCCUAAUCCCAGAUCAAGCUUCGGUCUUGAGUUUCUGACUUCUGAGAAGAAAGAAGAAGAAGAAGAAGCUGAGGGAAGCCAUUAGAUCAAAAAGUACGAGGAUGUCUCAUUCUAGAAGCCUUUCGUUAGAACCUGCCAUUACAGGAAGGUUCCGUGACUCAUUGAGUUUACAAAGACACGACGACGAUGACGUCAUCAACAAACCAGACUUCCGAGAACUCGAUCUCGGCUCUCCCGUUUCCACCUUAAUGCCACGUGUCUCCUCCUCCUCCGCUUCCUCGGCGGCAGCGACUCCCACCAGCAGCUCCGGUUCCUCCGGCUCCGCUUCCGGAAAACCGUCGGUGACUUGUAAAAAAAGCCACUCCGGCGAGAUUUCCGGUGUACCCGGAUCCGCAAUGCCGGCGGUUAAGAAUCUCAAACCGGGUCACAGGAGAUCCUCUUCGACGGGAAAGCCGUUGAUCUUCUCCGGCUCUAGCUUCUACUCGGCCUCCGGCGGAAGCGGCGCCACGUCGGCGGUGUCACCGAGUCCCGCCGUUUUACCCGCCGGCAACAUUUGCCCGUCGGGUCGGAUCUUGAAAACCGGAAUGGCGGCUCGGACCUCGAGCAGGACAGAGACUCUCUGCACGGGAUCCGGUAACUACGGACACGGAAACGUCGUACGCAGCGCCGGCGUCGGAGGAGGAACCGCCGGGAAUCUGAACCACUCCGGUGAAAGCUCGGAGGAGGUGAAGAGACUAGGGAACGAUAUGUACAGAAGAGGGAACUUCUCGGAAGCUCUGUCUUUAUACGACAGAGCAAUCUCACUGUCACCGGAAAACGCAGCGUACAGAAGUAACCGCGCGGCUGCGUUAACGGCGUUGAAACGGUUAGGAGAAGCCGUUAAAGAAUGUCUCGAAGCUGUGAGGCUUGAUCCGUCUUACUCUAGAGCUCACCAAAGACUAGCUUCACUCUAUCUCAGAUUGGGAGAAGCUGAGAAUGCGAGGCGGCAUCUUUGUUUCUCCGGUCAGUGUCCGGAUCAAACCGAUCUCCAACGGCUGCAGACGCUGGAGAAGCAUCUCCGCCGUUGCUGGGAGGCUAGGAAGAUCGGAGAUUGGAGAACGGUGAUCAAAGAAACCGAUGCAGCUAUUGCGAAAGGAGCUGAUUCGUCUCCUCAGCUUGUAGCAUGUAAAGCUGAAGCCUUGUUGCGUCUUAACCAAAUAGAGGAUUCAGAUUUCUGUAUAUCUUCCGUUCCAAGAAAUGAUCAUUACCACACUCAACCACAAGCUAAACUCUUCGGUAUGGUCGCUGAAGCUUAUGUCCUCUCUAUCCAGUCUCAAGUUGAUAUGGCAUUAGGAAGAUUCGAAAACGGUGUUGUAAAGGCAGAGAGAGCUGCGGUGCUAGAUCAGACCAAUCCCGAGCUUGUGUCGGUUUUAAACAAUGUCAAGAUGGUUGUGAAGGCACGUACUCGUGGUAAUGAGCUGUUUAGUACAGGGAGAUACUCUGAAGCGAGUGUAGCUUAUGGAGACGGGCUCGAACACGAUGGUUCGAACUCGGUUUUGUACUGCAAUAGAGCAGCUUGUUGGUAUAAGCUCGGUUUAUGGGAGAAAUCAGUUGAAGACUGUAACCAAGCACUUAAGAUUCAUCCUAGUUACAUCAAGGCGCUUCUAAGAAGAGCUGCUUCAUACGGAAAGUUUGGUCGAUGGGAAGAUGCGGUUAGAGAUUAUGAGUUUGUGAGAAGGGAACUUCCAGGAGAUGGUGAAGUUGCGGAGUCUUUAGAGAGAGCGAAAACCGCGGUGAUGAACAGAAGUCAAGAAUCUAAAAGCUUAGGAGGAUACAAUAACCAAGUUGAAGCGGUUUCAACUUUGGAUAAGUUCAAGAACGUUGUCUCACUUCCCGGUGUUUCUGUGUUUCAUUUCAAGUCAUCAUCAAACCGACAAUGCGAAGAGAUAUCUCCCUUCAUCAACACUUUAUGCCUUCGGUAUCCAUUAGUACAUUUCUUCAUGGUGGAUGUGGAGGAGAGCUUGGCGUUGGCGAAGGCAGAGAGUAUCAGGAAAGUUCCGACGUUUAAGAUGUAUAAGAAUGGAGACAAGGUGAAGGAGAUGAUAUGUCCGAGCCACCAGUUUCUUGAGGACUCUAUAAAGCAAAUCAUCCUAUAAUACAAAAGCAUAUAUCAUCAUCAUUAUCUGUUUCCCUAGUUUGAUCCCAAGAGCCUAUUUUUAAGACAUAAGAGAAGAGCUAUUCUAUCAUUCAACAAAAUUGUUCAUUCUUUCUUUUUUUUUCUACAUAUUUUUGUGAGGUUUGACUCUGCUUGCUUUGAACGAUAAGUGUUCAGAAGUAUUCAAAAUAUGCAAAGCUUCACGUC